AUGAAUUCGAGACAAAAAAUUAUCAGUGGCGGUUCUUCGAGGACAUCACAAGGAACAAUUUUAUCAAAAAUAGACAAUCCGAGUGUUCUUCAUGCGGUUAUUGUUGAAGAAUUGAAGCAAAAUGAUAUACUUACCAGAUACAAGGCUCCUCCUCCAGUGUCCUGCAGUUCAUCACCAACAAAGACUUUCAAAGUGCCUCUCGAGCAAUGUCCUCUUUCGUCUUAUACUCUGAAGUCAGGCCAUCAAGUCCUGAUUCCAACUUUUCUCGCCAACGCCUACGACUUAAUCAACAAUUCUCUCGAAACCGAAGGACUUUUUCGCAUUUCCGGCAACUUGCAGUCACAAAAAAGACUUUUUGCCGCAAUCCAAAAAGAUCCGCAUGCAAUUUCAAAGGAAGAAAAUAUCCACGAUGUCACUGGAUUAGUGAAACAAUUUUUCCGUGACCUUCCUACUGCGAUUCUCGGUGACAAGGAAAUGCAAGACACGUUAACGCAAUGCAUGAAAACGGAAAUUUAUGCAUCGCGAUGCAUGCGAGUGGCGUUGCUGAUGUUGCCUCCGCUGCAUCUUUACACGUUAACGUCAUUCCUGCAAUUGUUGAGGAAAAUUUCGCUGCAUGCGAAUGAGAAUAAGAUGGAUUCGUAUGCGUUGGCGGUUUGUGUGACGCCAAAUUUGAUGCCAGUUGUGGACAAAAAUGAGCUCGGCAAGCUAAGUGGCUUCAUUGAUAUUGUUAAAAUUUUGAUAGAAAAUGCGAAUAAAAUGGGAGUUGUUAUGCCGAGAACGUUGAGAGCUUAUAUCAAAAAGAAAUCAGGUAAAGAUGAAAUUAUUUGA